AUGCCCUGGUCAUCCUGGUGGACACACGCGGCGAUACCAUUGACGGCGCCCAGCUCCAGCAGCUGCACCAUCUGCAGAUUCGCCACAUCUGUUGCAUCUUCUUCUGCUUCUGACGGCCGAUACGCUGUGAGAAAAGUGCACAGCCACACAAGGCUCUCCAUCAGCGCGCGCAAAGGCUCGAGCUCAGAAACUGGCUGGCAUGUGACACUGGGCAAUGCAGGCAUAAACGCCAGGUCGAUCAUCCACCAGUGGUACUCGGUGCGCAGUGCAAACUGCUUUGCCAUGGCCACACAUACCGACCAACACAAGCAUGGCGUCUGACCGCUAUCUCCGCUUGCUG